AUGUUCUCUCGGCCUGGGAAUGCGGCACCCCCGCCAUUGAAUACUAGUACAUCGAGUACCGCUCCUCUCUUCACAGCAGCAUCGAAUGCUCAGCAGCAGCCACAUCGUCGACGGAUGUCGAUCACCACGCUUGGACUGUCUGGAUCUCCCACUAACCAGCCUGCUCCGUUUGGACAGGCAGUGACGAAUACGCCGACGGCAGCAUCUGCUGGUGCUGCUGCACCUCCAUCCGGCAGACGUCGACGGGGGAGUGUUUCUAGUUCGAUUCUCUCUACUUCACCAACAGUGGAGCAAGCGGUCGUCGAAGAAGAGGACGAGGAAGACACACCGCCACCAACUUCUGCAUCUCCGUUUGCGAGACGGGUAUCCUUCAGCUUCAGGGAUCGGGCCGCCAGUAUAAAUGGUGAAGGCUUCAACUGGCCAGAAGCCCUUCGAACUAGAGCAGAGCGAGCUCCGUCCCUUGCCGGAAACUUCUCCAUGCAUCAGCAAGGGCAGGGGCAAGGACAGGGGCCACAGCACCAACACCAACAAUCUGUCUCCAGCUCAUCUGCCAACACCUCUCCAUCUUCCUCUCCAUCCCUCUCUUCAUCUUUCUCAUCAGCCUCGUUCCCAGGCAAACAUCAUCGAUCAGCCUCUAUUGCCACUAUGGAAGCGUACAAGCCUCCGCCAAAGGAACUGCUGGAGCGUCACCCAUCCUCUCCUCCUCCGCCAUCGCAGCAGAUGCCCCGGCAGCAGCCCAAGCCACGUCCGAAGCCAGAUUAUUUCCAGGAAAAGAUCCUUCGGGCUGAUUUCAUGGAUUGA